AUGCCGCAAAACGCCGGUCAACGAUCUGCCUCCGUAAAUCAGGGCGAAAGUAUUCAGAGCAGUGGUUCACAUACUGCCAGGAGUAAUAACACCACAAUACGUACACGAAGCAUCAUAUCCACACCUCCACGAGAAACGCGUACUCCUGAUUAUGAUCGGCUUCUUCCACAAAGAACCCCUAAUCCGGUCCAGGAUCUGCAGAUGCGGAUCGUUACCGAAGAAAGCUCCAAGAAGAGAAAGAUCUCGGUUAUCGAAGAGGAAGCACAGCAAGAAGAGGAAGGUCGCCUCUACAGAGCCGUUGUGGGUCAGGCUAUGAUGCCACUGAGGGAAACAACCGAUGAUAUAAUUCGUCGGUUGAACUCUACGCCCACUAGAUCUCCUAAAAAAUUGCUGUCAUUUAGUUCACCGACGAAACAGCGUAGUUAUUUUUUUGAUUCGCCGGUUAAGAAUAGUUACAAUUCGAGUCCGCUUCCAUUAGAAGCGCAGUUGAUUUUGACUAGUCCUCGUAAGCCUCCUCGAUAUAUUAGCAAAACUCCGUACAAGGUGCUUGAUGCACCAGACCUUCAGGAUGAUUUCUAUUUGAACCUGGUGGAUUGGUCGUCUUCUAAUGUCUUGGGAGUGGGUUUGGGCACAUGCGUUUACCUUUGGAAUGCAGUUACAUCGAGAGUUGUGAAACUUUGCGAUAUGGCAAGUACAGGACAUAGUAACAACGAUGAGAAUGUCACAUCAGUCAGUUGGAUGCCUACGGGUUCUCACAUAGCUGUUGGUACAGCCCCAGGACCCGUCGAGAUUUGGGAUAUUCACACAAGCAAGAGAGUUAGAAAAAUGAAGGGACAUAGUCAACGAGUAGGUGCCUUGGCUUGGAAUUCGUACACCGUUAGUUCAGGCAGUCGCGACAGAUUAAUCUAUCAUAGGGAUGUCAGAGAUCACAACGAUUAUACGGUGAAAUUGACGGGACACAAGCAAGAGGUUUGUGGUCUUAAAUGGAAUCCGGAAGGAACUCAACUUGCCAGUGGAGGCAACGACAAUAAGCUCUUGAUUUGGGAUCGAACAAAUGAUAUGCCCGUUCACAAGUUUCCCCAUCAUACCGCUGCCGUCAAAGCGAUUACCUGGAGUCCACAUUCACACGGUCUUUUAGCAAGCGGCGGUGGUUCACAUGAUAAAAAGAUUCGUUUUUGGAGCACCACAACCGGCGAGGUUUUGGGAUGUUAUGAUACCGAGUCGCAGUAUCCAAAUAUGGAGCAGUUGGCUGUCUUAAAAGGUCACACUUUGCGUGUCCUCUACCUGUCCGUUUCUCCCGAUGGAGAAAAUAUCGUUACCGGUGCUGGUGACGAGACCUUACGUUUUUGGAAUGUGUUCAACAACGGCAAGAAAGAGAAAAAACCCUACACGCCAUCCCUCAUCAAACGGUCAUCCUACUUUGUAGGUGACAAAUAG